AUGGGCGGGGUUGUCUAUAGGACGAAGUUCAUCAUUUCAUAUUUCCAUUCGCAGUUUGUCCUGAAGAAUUACGGGGAGAACCCCGACACCUACAACGAGGAGCUGAAGAAGCUGGACCAGCUCAGACAGAGUGCUGUGAACGUUCCCAGAGACUUCGAAGGAUGCAGCGUGCUGCGCAAGUACUUCGGUCAGCUCCAUUACCUCCAGAGCCGCAUCCCCAUGGGGGUGGAGCAGGAGGCGGCCGUCCCUAUCACAUGGACAGAAAUCUUCUCCGGGAAGUCGGUGACUCACGCUGACAUCAAAUAUGAGCAGGCCUGCGUCCUGUACAACCUGGGGGCAUUACACUCCAUGCUCGGUGCCAUGGACAAGAGAGUCUCCGAGGAGGGGAUGAAGAUUUCGUGUACUCACUUCCAGUGUGCUGCCGGAGCAUUCUCCUAUCUGAGGGACCACUUCUCUCAUUCAUUCAGCGUGGACAUGAGCCACCAGAUCCUGAAUCUCAAUAUAAACCUCAUGCUGGGUCAGGCUCAGGAGUGUCUGCUGGAGAAGUCCAUGCUGGAUAACAGAAAAAGUUUCCUGGUGGCGAGGAUCAGCGCGCAG